CUGACUGAUACGAUGUUGUUUCAUUGACCUGCAUGAGGUGGUAAUAAAUAAAAAGGUAUGAAAUAUGGUGCCACCUGUUGUUGCCAUAUACAUGAAAAACCUACAUUUAAUCAGAAUGCAUGUUUCGAAAUACUUUGUGAUUCUUCUCGAAUGCACCAAAGGUUCGUCUUUAUCUCCGUGCAGAGUCUGCCUUCAACAAGACGCACAGGCAACCACAGUUUCGGCUCUACAUCAACAACAUAUGAAAGAGUUGUACGAAAUUCUUGGGCAGCCAAAGCAUCACCCUCUUUGCAUCUCCCUGUUUUGCACUGCACCACCAGUUUUUCCAAAUAGGUAUCAGCUCUUCUAUAAUGAUCAGUCCAUCACCGAAUUCUACAUUGAGUUAGCAAAACAUAAUACACAUUAAAGGUAAAACUCACUAAACUUAAGAACGUGGAGCUGAUUUCCAAAUUCAAUGGUUUCAGAACCCCCAGAUAUUUCAAAUGUCGUUUUUUUUUU